AUGCCUCGUCCAACACUUCCCCCUACUCCUGGCUCGUCGUCCGAUAUCAGGGGCAAGGAUGGCAUCCAGCAGCUCUCCUCUCUCCAACUAGCCUUUGAGCUGCCCCCGCCGGCCAUUCACGAUGCCGAUGCCUCACGCAUCUCACCAGUCGACUCCAAGCGCUCGCCCACAAGCCUAGGCCUGGACACUGCCACAUCGCCCAAGACGCGUUAUCCCAUGCAGGCGGCCGAGACGGUCAAGUCCCGAAGACGCUCGUCCGCCGCAACAAAUAAAGAGGCCAAGGAGACCACGUUUGCCCUGCCCCCUCCCCCCACGCGCUCCAGGAAGAUUAUCCAGAUGAAGCCCCGAAGCCAGGAAUCCAGCGGGAGCUCGGCUUCCACAAAGGAAACGGCCAAGGCGGGCGGCAAGGCGGCGGCCAGCAGCGCCAAGAACUCGGCUCCCGGCUCCGAAUCCGGGGCCGGCGCCGGGAGUGCCUCGGCCAGGAGCGAAUCGAAGAAGAAGCAGCCCAGCGCAACCAGCGCUGCCGGGCGCAAAAUCGCAAGAAAGACUGCCCAUAGCCUGAUUGAGAGGCGAAGACGGAGCAAGAUGAAUGAGGAGUUUGCACUGCUGAAGAGCAUGAUCCCGGCGUGCACCGGCGAGAUGCACAAGCUGGCCAUUUUACAGGCUUCGAUCGAGUAUGUCCGCUACCUAGAGGACUGCGUCGCCAAGUUAAAGGCCCAGCAAGAACAGUCUCUGCAGAACCAGCCAGAGGCUUCACAUAGCCCCCUACCUCCUAUUCGCGAAUUCCACCCAACCUUCCGGGAAGAUCCGUCCGCAGAUGUCGAAAUGACUGAUUCCGAGGCUCCAUCUCCCAUCUUUGCUCCCCAACGGCCUUCAGUCUCACCUGCGCUCUACGCUCAGGACUCUCGGCAUCGCCAGCACUCAUACUCGUCGGUUUCCACCGACCAGAGACACUACAGCUACAGUGGGUCAACCACAACAUCUCCCGCCUUUGGGCCUCAGACGUUUGUCAACAACAACAUUGCGUCUUACACGCACAGCAGCACUUCUGCUUCUGGGUCAACGUUGACGAGUCCCGCGUUACUUCCGCAGAGUGACCUCGACCAAGAGGCUACUGCGGCGUUGUUGAUGCUCAAUAGCGACAGGCGGGGGACGACGAGUAGCAACAAUAACGGACGAGCACUGUCUGUGCGAGAUUUGUUAAGCUCAUAG